AUGACCCCGACUAUACCUCGAGAAAAGACAUUCGCUUUAAUGAAAUCACAACUUUCAAACCUCGAGGCAGAAUUCAUCUUAUAUAAAGAAAACAAUCAGAAUGCAAUUUCAGAACUCUCUGUCUUGAUAGAAAAGAAAGAUGAAGAGAUAAGUUACCUAAAAGAUGAGAUAAUGGCUUUAAAAUCUGCUGGCAAAGAAAAGCAGCAAAUUAUAAGUGACCUAACA